GGACUUCAGUACGGUGACGACAUCUAAAGAAUCGCCUUGUUCCCGGGUUCCCCAAAUUUUAUUUUAAUUUGGAAGUGGAUACAUUUACUAUGCAGUUUCUUUGGUGGUUCGUUCCACUUUUGGUGAUUGGAGGGUGCUCCGCUGGCCCGCAGAAUGUGCUGCUACUAUUGGCUGAUGAUGCUGGCUUCGAGUCGGGCGCCUAUCUGAACAAAUUCUGCCAAACACCCAAUCUGGAUGCACUGGCCAAGCGGGGAUUGCUGUUCAACAAUGCCUUCACAUCGGUGAGCAGUUGCAGUCCCAGUCGCUCACAGUUGCUCACCGGUCAGGCCAGUCACUCGAGUGGGAUGUACGGACUCCAUCAGGGCGUUCACAACUUCAAUGUCUUGCCGGAGACCGGAUCACUUCCCAACUUAAUCCGCGAUCAAAGUGGUGGCCGAAUCUUGAGCGGCAUCAUUGGCAAGAAACAUGUGGGAGCUGCUGCCAAUUUCCGUUUUGACUUCGAGCAAACCGAGGAGCAGCAUUCCAUUAACCAGAUUGGAAGAAACAUCACGCGGAUGAAGGAGUACGCCAGGCAAUUCCUGAAACAAGCCAAGGACGAGCAGAAGCCCUUCUUCCUGCUGGUGGCCUUCCGACCCCAUCGAUGUGGCCAUAUCACCCCGCAAUACGGUGAAUUCUGCGAACGCUGGGGCAGCGGUGAGGACGGAAUGGGCAGUAUUCCCGACUGGAAACCCAUCUACUACGAUUGGCGCAAUCUGGAGGUGCCCGCUUGGUUGCCCGACACGGAUGUAGUGCGUCAAGAACUGGCCGCUCAGUAUAUGACCAUUUCCCGGUUGGAUCAGGGUGUGGGUGUGAUGCUCAAGGAACUGGAGGCAGCAGGUCUGGCAGAUCAGACCCUCGUGAUCUACACCUCCGAUAAUGGACCACCCUUCCCCGGCGGAAGAACUAAUCUCUACGAGCAUGGCAUUCGCUCGCCCUUGAUUAUAAGCUCUCCGAAGAAAGAGGAUCGCCAUCACGAAACCACGGCAGCUAUGGUCAGUCUGUUGGACAUAUACCCAAGUGUUCUAGAUGCCCUUCAGAUUCCCACUCCGAAUGAGACCAAGAUCGUUGGAAAAUCCAUUCUGCCCGUGUUGAGGGAGGAACCCCCUAUAAAAGAAAGCGAUUCGGUGUUUGGCAGCCACAGUUACCACGAGGUGACCAUGGCCUAUCCCAUGAGGAUGGUGCGAAAUAGGCGCUAUAAGCUCAUUCACAACAUCAACUACUGGGCUGACUUCCCAAUCGAUCAGGACUUCUACACCUCACCCACCUUCCAGCAAAUACUGAAUGCUACCAUUAACAAGCACUCCGUGCCCUGGUAUCGAACAUUAUUGCAAUAUUACCAGAGGCCCGAAUGGGAGCUAUACGACAUAAAGGCGGAUCCCUUGGAGCGAUACAAUCUGGCGGAGAAGCCCAAGUACAGUGGUCCACUUAAGCAGCUCCGCCAACAGCUCUUCGACUGGCAGGUGGCUACCAAGGAUCCCUGGCGAUGUGCUCCACAUGCAGUGCUCCAGGAACAGGGCAUCUUUAAGGAUCAGCCAGCCUGUCUAACCUUGGGCCACGAGGCUCUGCAGAGGCCCAGGCGCAAGAUCCUCAGCCAGUAUGAAGAGUAUGUGGUCAUUUCCUAGGUCUAAACAAGUGUUGUUGUCUUAUCGCACCCUCAAUAAAAACACCUUAAAGUGCUGAUAACACA